CGCCAAGUCCAACGGUGGCGGGGGGAUUCCGGUUCCCGGCGACCGCGGCUGCGGUUCGGGCGGCUCUCCCGGGGCGUGGGCGGCCCUGAUGGUGGCUCAGGAGGAGAGGGAGCUCCAGGUGCGGGCCCUCGACGGGCGGUCCACGGCCGUCACGCUCGCCGCCGCCGCCUCCGUGCGGGACCUCAAGGCCGCGCUCCGGAGCUCCUUCCCUCCCGCGCAGGUCUCCCCCUGCUUCCACCUCUUCCUCAAGGGCACCAAAUUGCGCAUGGAGGCCGAGAUUGGCACUCUCGCUGUUGGCCAGGGGGAAUUCAUUGUCCUCGUUCCAUUCACAAGGAAAUCGCUGCAGCGUUGUUCUCCGGUGGCAAUGGCAGACCAACGGCAGAUUACUGACUCACCGAGAUCAUCACAAGUGGCAACUGGUGCUAAUGCAGCUCGGAAAGGCAUUGUGGAUAAACUCUCAUCAAUCCCAAGCAGCCAGCAUGAUGAAGUCGCGCCCAGAUAUUUUUCUAGUGGAGCUAAUUCAGCUUGGCAAGACAUUAUGGAUGAUCUCUCAUCGAUCUCAAGCAGCCCACAGGGUGAUUCUGCAUCCAAAAACCUAUAUUCCUCAAGUAACAUUCCUUGUUCUGGGAAUUCUGUAGAGGAUGUGUCAACAGGUGGAAGCACACAUACUGGAAAUUCAAAGAAAAGGAGGAAGCUACGUAAUGAAAAUGGAAGUGUUUUCAAAGAAAUGCCUACAGGUGCAGUGAACAGUGUAGCUGGCCAGCCUAGCAUGGAUAAGAAAACUGGAGUUGCCAGAUCUGCUGCAGCAUCGUGCCAGGAUAUGUGCCAUUUAGAACCUGCUGAAAUGGUUGACCAUCUGAAGCAAGGACUUGGAAAGGGGGGACAGAUUGUACAUAUUGAGGAGAUAGCAUGUCGAGAUGCAUCAUUUGCAGAACUUCCUAAUCAUCUUUCAGAGGCUACGAGAGAAGCACUAAAAAGUAUUGGAAUAUCAAGGUUGUACAGCCAUCAGAGUCAAGCUAUACAAUCUGCUAUUUCUGGAAGGCAUGUUGUUGUUGCAACAUCAACAUCUAGCGGAAAAUCUCUCUGUUAUAACAUUCCAGUCCUUGAAUCUCUCUGUCAAGAUUUGCUGGCAUGCGCUUUGUACAUAUUUCCAACAAAGGCUUUAGCUCAAGAUCAGCUGAGGACUCUACUCAAGAUGAAGAAUGCACUUCACGCUGAUAUUAAUGUUAACAUAUAUGAUGGUGAUACUCCUAGAGAAGAUCGUAUAUGGAUCAGAGAAAAUGCCCGUCUGUUAAUUACCAACCCAGAUAUGCUGCAUGUGUCAAUUUUGCCAUGCCAUGCUCAAUUCCAAAGGAUUUUGUCCAAUCUCAGGUAUAUUGUCAUUGAUGAAGCACAUUCAUACAAGGGAGCAUUUGGCUGCCACACUGCACUUAUACUUAGAAGAUUGAAGCGCAUUUGUUCAAACGUUUAUGGCAGUCAUCCUACUUUCAUAUUUUGUACGGCUACUUCAGCAAACCCGCGCGAGCAUGUGAUGGAGCUAGCCAAACUGGAUCAUAUAGAGCUGAUCCAGAAUGAUGGAAGUCCUUGUGGUUUUAAAUACUUCCUCUUGUGGAAUCCCCCGCUACAUAUGGCAAAGGAAGGGAGUUCAAAAGAUAGCUCAUUAACAAGACGCUCAAGCCCAAUAGUUGAGGUUUCUUAUCUAUUAUCUGAGAUGGUUCAACAUGGGCUUCGCUGCAUUGCAUUCUGUAAAACAAGGAAGCUCUGUGAGCUUGUUCUAGCAUACACGCGUGAAAUUCUUCAAGAGACUGCGAAAGAAUUGGUAGACACUAUCUCCGUAUACCGUGCUGGCUACAUUGCUGAGGACAGGAGAAAAAUUGAGGCUGAUCUUUUUGAGGGAAAACUUCUUGGUGUUGCUGCCACCAAUGCUCUUGAACUAGGAAUUGAUGUUGGCAACAUUGAUGCAACAUUACAUCUUGGAUUUCCUGGGAGUAUUGCUAGCCUGUGGCAGCAAGCUGGAAGAUCUGGAAGGAGAGCAAAACAAUCAUUAGCCAUUUAUGUUGCCUUUGAGGGUCCUUUAGAUCAGUAUUUCAUGAAAUUCCCACACAAACUAUUUGGCAAGCCAAUUGAGCAUUGUCAAGUCGAUUCACAUAAUAUUAAGGUUUUGGAACAGCAUCUUGCUUGCGCUGCUUAUGAACAUCCAUUGUGUCUGCAAUAUGAUGCGGAUUACUUUAGUUCUAGUCUGAACAGUGUAAUGAAGGCCCUGAGAGGCAAAGGCUAUCUCAUAAACAAUCCCUCUGGACCAUCGUCGUCAAACAUGUGGAGUUAUAUUGGACCUGAGAAAAGACCUUCACAAACAGUGAGCAUACGAGCAAUCGAGCAUGACAAAUACAGAGUGAUAGACAAGUUAAAUAACCGGUUACUAGAAGAAAUUGAGGAAAGUAAGGCCUUUUUCCAGGUGUAUGAAGGAGCGGUAUACAUGCAUCAGGGUGUCAAUUACUUAGUUGAGGAACUUGAUUUGUCAUCAAGGACAGCGUUCUGUAGGAAAGCUGAUUUGAAGUAUUACACGAAAACACGAGACUACACGGACGUCAGUGUUCUUGGAGGAGAGUUUGCUCAUCUUCCACUGAUUAUGUGUAAUACUAACCGGGUGAAGACAACUGCCCAAGCAAAUGAUUGCAAAGUGACUACUAAAUGGUUUGGCUUUUAUCGCAUAUGGAAAUCAAACAACAAAAUAUCUGAUUGCAUUGGGCUUCACCUACCUCCAUUUUCCUUUAGCUCCCAGGCUGUUUGGGUGCGAAUCCCACAUUCCGUGAAAAUUACAGUCGAGGAAAGGGGACUACAGUUUCGAGGUGGCUCACAUGCUGCUUCGCAUGCACUUCUGAACAUAUUGCCUCUGCAUAUGACGUGUAAUGCUUCUGACCUAGGAACAGAAUGUGCAAAUCCUCAUGAAACCCGUGGUAUUCCAGACAGAAUUCUAUUAUAUGAUAAACACCCUGGUGGUAUCGGCAUAGCAUUACAGGUCAAAGCACUCUUCGGGGAACUACUACUUGCUGCUUUAGAACUUGUUUCUGAAUGUGACUGUACUAGUUCAGCUGGCUGUCCAAAUUGUAUCCAAUCACUGACAUGUAGUGAAUAUAAUGAGGUUUUGGACAAAGAGGCAGCAGUUCUGAUUUUGAAGGGAGUAAUCGAAUAUGAAAGAUUAUAUUUUGAAACAGAAGAUGUUUCCGGCCAAGGAGUGAGAUGAAUUGUUUCGCUGUUUGCGACUUGUGAUGACUGACUGAAUUUGGUUCUGACACAUGAGCCGUAUUAUCAUUUUCUUCACAAUGCUUUCUCCAUCUGGAAUGGUAGAAUUGGGAGGAGGUUCUUUUGACUUGUUUGGUUAUCAUAUGGAAAUGUAGUUGUAACCACGGUUCAAAUCCAACUAUAAAUUAUUUCUGGUCCAGAUAUAUAUUAUAUUGUGUUCGGCAUUUUGUAACCACCAUCCCCGUUCAUCCUGAACCAGGUCAUGGGAUCCCUAACGUGCCUGUCACCUUCCAUCGCCAAGCUUCUGUGAAGAAACAUGUCGAA